GCCGCCGAAGCCCUAACGCGCGGCUCAACUCCCAGGCCGCCCCGCCCUCUCCUCUCCUCUCCUCCCCACUCCACACCAAGCACUCCGCCGCACGCAGGACGGCCGGACGCGCGGACUUCCCCACCCCGCAGCUCUCACGCCGCUGCAGCCGUCCGGUUCGUCCCCAUCCAGUUCGCCCGAUGACGAGGAGCAACGGCGCGAGCGGCGGCGGCGGCGGGCAGCAGCAGCAGGCGUCGGCGCCGGGGAAGCUCCCCCGGAAGCGCUUCUACCGGGCGCGCGCGCACAGCAACCCGCUCAGCGACUCGCACUUCCCGGUCCCGGUAUCGCCCGACGAGGUCGACCUCUCACAGCACUACCCACGGUACUUCCCAGCGGACAUAGAUGGCGGCGAGGAGGAGGCGGCGGCGGCGCCAAGACGGAUCCACUUUGCGGACGUGGGGUGCGGGUUCGGUGGGUUGCUCGUCGGGCUCUCGCCCCUCUUCCCGGAUACGCUCAUGAUCGGCAUGGAGCUGAGGGACAAGGUAACUGAGUAUGUCAAAGAAAGGAUCUUAGCUUUAAGAGCAUCAAACCCAGGACAGUAUGACAACGUAUCUGUUGUGCGCACCAAUUCGAUGAAAUACAUUCCAAACUACUUUAGGAAGGCUCAGCUCACAAAGAUGUUCUUCUUGUUCCCUGAUCCCCACUUCAAGGAGAAGAACCGCCGACGGAGGGUUAUUAGUAUGCAGUUGCUCGAUGAGUAUGCUUAUGUGAUGGAAGUGGGGGGAAUCAUAUAUACUAUCACUGAUGUAGAGGAACUUGGAGAAUGGAUGCAGUUAUGUCUGGAGAAACACCCACUAUUUGAAGCUAUUCCGGAUGAAGAGAUAAAAGCGGAUCCAGUGGUCAAGUUACUGUCUACCGCCACUGAAGAAGGCCAGAAGGUCGCCAGAAAUGGAGGGCAAACUUUCCAGGCUAUAUUCAGGCGCAUCUCCUUGCAAGAAGAAUAGAUUACUUCGGAGGUCGUUAGCUCCUAGUGCACUUCGCUAGAUCGCGUUACAUGUAUUUGUGUCAUUUCUAUACAUUUGCGUAGCAGAAUUUUUGCUGGUGAAAAAAUGUAUGGAGUACUAGUUUCCAUUGCUCUGCAGAGUCAACUCUUUGGCUCUACAUUGCAAGACCACAGAGUAUCUGAACUCCCUUGAGUCAAAUAUUUUUCUCAAAUUGCCUUGGUACCA